GUCAUUGUCAAAACUAUAAACACUUACUAAAAAAUAUUAAUAUUCUAAGAAAUAAGAAGUAAUUUUACGCCUAGUCACUGAUAUUAUGUGCAAGAGAUAAUUGUAGUUCGCGAUGAAUGAUCACAUGGAAGCGUUGACGAUGAUUCUGAUGUGUGGCGACGGCACGUGCUGCUGUAUCCCUCGGAGGAGCAUGAUCGCCCUUAUAGCUAUCAUCAGUCUUGUAGCUUGCCUUCUUGAUAUGUUAACAUCGGAGAAGGCCAGUCAGUUUCCUGAGAACUGCACGAUAAUACGUACAGAGAUAGAGUGUGCGAAACAGCUUCUCAUGACGCUAUUUCAAAUGGCCAAUCUACUGUUACUGCUUGCUUCCAUUGUUGAGAGUGCAAUUUUAGUGCAACUAUACGUAUGGUACACCCUAGCGUUUGUAGUGAUGGGCCUGAUCGUGAACAUUGUGGAUUUCCUAUUCAAGUACAAAGUAGAAGGCACGUCGUGUUUGCUCGGGUUUAUCACUGAAGUCUGUUUUUUAUUCGUUAUAUUCAGAUGCUUACCACUAGUGGACACCUACAGAAAACACAUCAGCGGCGACUCCGACCUAACAUCAUAAACUGUAAAUACAAUUCGAUUAAAAAUAAAAAUCACAAAAUAAUUUUAAACUUUUUCAUUUUUAUAUUUUUGUACUAUCUACUAUAUACAAUGUGGAUAUUAAAUAUCUAUAGAAAAAAAACAUCGUACAACAAAACUUAAGAGUUAACGCGAAUACUAAAAUAACACUGUUCCUACUGAACUCAUACACGCAUUUUCUUAUGAAUAAAAAAACUUAAAAGUCGUUAAUAUUUCUCCAGAAUACUUUGAGAGCGUACUAUAAAAGGAAAAGAGUAAGGAAAAUGUUAAUAUGUUUGAUAUUAACAUUUUCCUUACUCUUUUCCUAAAAUACAGCGGUCAACGCUCGAUGUUCGUGUUAUCGUUAACAAAUCAACCCACCAAUACAUCUCAGCUCUCAAAAUAGUAUGGAACGGAAAAACUGUGGAACAAGAUGAAAGUUCAAUCAAAAUGCGAAUUUAUUAAUUGCAAAAAAUCAAACCAAUUUUCUAAUAUGAACACGUUUCUACAUAAACAGGCCCUGUUCCGUUUCUUUAUAACUUUCAAUAGAAGUGUAUAUCUCUCUUUAAAAACAAAUCUGAGCUUUCUUGGUCUAAAUAAAUCAUUUUGUCAUACGAAAACAGUUCUUCGGCAUCUAACUAUAAGGCUUAUAUAUAAUAGAAAGGCACCAUGCUCGCAUCCAAUGAACUUUACACCCAGUUUCACUUAUAUACCAUCCUUCAAUAUUACAGUUUAACAAUAAUUUUGGUACAUACAAAAAUCAGUUACAAACAUCGCGACAACCACCGAAAGUAGGUACUUUCGACAUUGUUUCAAAAAAUACACAUUAAUAUUUAUUGUUGGUUCCACGAAAUAAAAAAAGGACAAAUUUAGUAGGUACAAAUAUAUCCGAGUCACUCCGAGGCGUAAAAUACAAGGCAUGAUUUCAUUGAACUACUUAUGUUAUGCAAAAGAACAUAAUUUUCUUUAUAUAUUUUAAAACUGCGUAAAUUGACGCGUCGAUAAAAUUAUGUUACAUUACAAUAUACGCGAAUAGUUUACUCGUUAACAAUCUUACUUCACACAAUUGGUCAAAAUUUUCAGUUAAACAUCUAAAGCAUUACACACUGAAUGCACAGACUCACACUUGCUUUUUAAACCUUGCAACUUUUUGAUAGAGGACUAGGUAAGUAGGUACAAAGGUGUUUUAAACGGG